AUGAUUCCAUCUUCAGUGAGGACAUCAUGUCCACCAACAUACAAUGAUAUUCUUAAUGGUUGUUAUAAAGUAAAUAAUGCUUCGAAUAUAACAUGGAGUAGUGCACGCAAUAUUUGUACGAAUGAUUCAAAUUCAUUAGUAACAGCUAAUUUUACUGGUUUAACACAUUUGUUAUCGUUAGAAUCAGAUACCGAAUCAACAUCGAUAAUGUACUGGCUCAGCGGUAUUUACUCCUAUAGUUACUGUGAUGUAAAUAAUUCAUGUCAAAACAACGCCACGUGUUAUAUGAAUGCUGGACGAGAAUUAUGCGUAUGCACUAGCGGUUUCACAGGUUCCGUAUGUGAUCAAGAAAUAGAUGAGUGUUUAACUUCACCAUGUUUACACGGCGGAAUAUGCACCAAUCUAAUAAAUGGUUAUUACUGUAAUUGUUCAAUGUUAUUUUACAAUGGAACAAAUUGUGAAAGUCCUAUCAAUGAUCCUAUACAAGGUCAGCGUCAUUCAGCAUUUGUAGCUGUUCUCUGUGUUAUUAUUGGGAUUGUUGGCCUAUUUACAUUGUCGGAUUUGCCUUGGGGAGAUAUUACUCAAUCUCUAUAUUGUCCAUGGAUUAAUUGUAGAUGUAUGAACGGUGAAAGCAAUGGUGAUGAUGAAGAUGAGAUAUCGGUGGAUGGUGAAAAUGAACAGCCAAGGAUAGCUCAAAUACAAAAAGUACACAAACCGAAGCAGCCUAAUUAUCAUGUCAUGGAUACUGUAUGGAAUCCUGAUAAUUUAAUCACAACAAGUCGUAAUGAAAAUCUUAACUCGCGUUCAUCAGUUUUACAACCAAUGUAUAAUGGUUACCUCUCACCUCUACCUGGUGUAGACACUCGUAUAGUAAAUGAUGUUACAAGUCCGGACAACCAGUUAAUCAAAACUUUUGCUGCCGUACUAGCUAAACAGCGAGAAAAUAAAAAGAAAGCAAAUCAAAUGUAUGCAGCUGACAUUAUAUCAAACACUCCAGAAGCAAUGAAACAAGAUGAUCAGGCUGUCUCCGUUCCUCAAAAUAUAAUCACACCAUGGACAGUUCAAUUGCAACAAGAAUUACGUAAGAAAAAGAAAACUGAACAGCAGCAGAGUUCUGAUCAUGACAGUAUGGGAAGUAGUACUUCAAUGGCGCAAUUGAUUCCGAAACUCAAAAACAACAGUACCGAUGUAUAA